CCGAGUAUAACCUCUUCAUAUAACGUAGACAUACACCAAGAUGUCAUUAUUCUGCAGUCUGGAAUAUCGCUAAAUUUCGAACAAUUAAAUUUCCCAUUGGGUCUUAAAUAUAUACAAAAAUUUGAAAUGAACAACCCAGAGAUCAGCGUAAAUGUUUUCGGUUAUGAAAACAAGUCGGUCGUUGGUCCAUAUUACUUAACAAAGGAGACGAAAAGCAAUCACAUUAAUUUAAUAUUGCUGCACAAUGAAGAAAAUUUUCAUUACAUUUUGGUUAUGGAUAUGUCUUGUCUUAUGCGGUCUCAAUUCACAAGUCAUAAGGAGAAAGGUUAUUUUUGUUUUGGAUGCCUGCAAUGUUUCCACGAUGAAAAUAAAUGUAUGACUCACAAAAAGCAGUGUGGAAAAGUAGUCUGUGCCCUGCCGAACAAAAAAGAAGCCGUACUGAAGUUCGUCAAUCACAAGAAAAAGGAUAAGGUGCCUUUCGUUAUUUAUGCUGACUCCGAAAGUGUACUGGAAGACGUGCAGGAAGAUGAGAACAAUGGGGCGAGUAAAAAAACGGAAAAGGUAAAGAAGCAUAUUCCAUGUGCUUUUAGUUAUUUUAUUAAAUGUAGUUUUAAUGAAAAUUUAAAUAAGUUAUUUAUAUAUAGUGGACCCGACGCAGCAAAUGUUUUUCUGAAAGAACUAAUUCAGGAUUGUAAAUUUUUGUAUGAUAGUUACCUAACCAAAACGAAACCUAUGAAUACUCUAACACCCGAAGAAGAGACAGCUUUUCUUAGGGAUAUAAAUUGUCGUAUAUGUGGCGAUAUUUUAGGAGAAGAAGAAGAUUCGAGUGAGGAAGAUGAUGAGGAAUUCCAGCAAGAAGAGGAAAGUGAGGGCAAAAAAGAGAAGAAAAAGAAAAUGAAUAGAUUAGAGCAUCGUUUCUUAGAUAGUUUUCGAUUUAUGCCUACUAGUUUGGAUAAAUUACGUCCCGCUAAAAAGUAUAAAAUGAUUGUUUACAACACGAAGCGAUUUAUUAGAAAGAAACACGUUCAAGGAGGAGGACUGGUAAAUAAGUUGAUUAACUCUUUACCCGUUGAACUUCAUUUACCAGGAUAUCAAUUUUGUGGACCUGGAACAAAGCUAGAAAAACGUAUUCAAAGAGGAGAUCAAGGUAUUAAUCCAUUAGAUGCAGCGUGUAGAGCACACGAUAUUGCCUAUUCACAAAAUAAAGAUAUUGAACAACGUCACAUUGCUGAUCGUGAACUAACUGAACGGGCUUGGGAGCGAGAGCAUUGGGAGCCUUAG